AUGGCAGUCGAAACCCAUACAGUUGCAGGCAUAGUAGCCCACAGAAAUCCAUUAGAAUACCUGAAAUCAUCACCGUAUACAGUUUUUCUUUUCCAAGCAGUCUUAAUUAUAUUAUUAUGCCAAUUAAUAUACUAUCCAAUUCGUAGGUUACAACAGCCCAAGGUUAUCGCUGAGGUUGUUACGGGGAUAAUCCUAGGACCAUCGGUGAUGGGACACAUUCCAAACUUUACGAAGCAUUGUUUUCCAGAGGAAUCUAUUCCUGGGUUGACGUUAAUGGCUAAUAUAGGAAUUAUUUUAUUUUUAUUUAUUAUCGGGCUAGAAGUGGAUAUUUCGUUUAUCAAGAAGAAUAUGAAGGUGGCGGUUAGUGUUGGGAUAAUCAAUAUGGCUAUCCCGUUUGCCUUGGGAUGUGGUAUUGCAAAGGGUAUCUAUACUACGUAUAGAAUGGAUUCUACUGAACUACAACCAAUAGAGUUCACUACGUAUAUGGUAUUUAUUGCAGUGGCUAUGUGUAUUACAGCCUUUCCCGUUUUGGCCCGUAUUUUAACAGAAUUGAAUUUAAUAACUGAUAGAGUGGGCACAAUUGUGUUAGCUGCGGGAAUUACAAAUGAUUUGACAGGAUGGAUCUUAUUAGCACUAGUAGUUACUUUAGCCAAUGCUUCAAAUGCUGUAAAUACAGUUUAUAUUUUGCUUUUGACGGUAGCGUGGUUUUUAUUUUUAUGUUUUCCAGUUAGAUUGGCUAUGAAAUUUUGUUUACGGAGAUUUACAAAUGACUUGAUUUCAGGAGAACCUUCACAAAUUCUGAUGUUAUUUAUUUUAACAACAGUAUUUAUAUCAGCGUUUUUCACUGAUAUUAUUGGUGUACAUCCCAUAUUUGGAGCAUUUAUGGUAGGUAUUAUUGUACCUAGGACAAAUGGAUAUGUGAUAAAAAUUACGGAGAAAUUAGAAGAUUUAGUACACAUUGUUUUAAUUCCUAUUUAUUUCGCUUUAGCUGGAUUAAAUGUGAAUAUAGGAUUAUUGAACAGAGGUAUUGAUUGGGCAUAUACAAUAGGUAUAAUUUUGUUAGCAAUGGUGGGCAAGAUAUUUGGAGGGUUUAUUGCUGGAAAGCUUAAUAGAUUACUUUGGCGUGAGUCAUUAGCGGUCGGAGUUUUGAUGUCAUGUAAGGGAAUUGUUGAAAUUGUUGUUUUAACCGUAGGAUUGAAUGCUGGAAUCAUUACGCAAAGGGUAUACUCAAUGUUUAUUGUUAUGACGUUAGUUACUACCUUUUUGACUACUCCUUUGACUUUGCUAGUAUAUCCUGUUGAAUACAGACUUCGAGUUGAAAAAUUCUUGAAAGGUGAAGCAUCCUUAGAUGGUACUCCAAUAAUAAAAGAAGGUUCGUCAGAUUCAGGACUUCUUGCAUCCGGAAAAGAUUUACAAGAGGUUCAUUCAUUAGAAAAUAUUGAUAUUGAUCAAUUGGACAAAUUUCGUAUUUCAAAAUUAGUCUUGUUAUUAAGAGAUAUACAUUCCAUCUCACAUUUAAUGUCAUUCACCCAUGAUAUAUCGAUGUUGAGUGAUAAUUCAGAGAAGAAUUAUAGUAUUGAUAUAAAGGCAGUACAUUUGAGAGAAUUUACGUCAAGGACAUCACAUUUAUUGGAAGCUUCAUAUCAAAACAGUUAUCAAGAAGAUUCCAUUACUAAUUUCAAUGAAAACGAACUUCAUAAAUCUUCUUCUAUACUAACAAUUAUGAAGAUGUUUAAUGAACUAUUAGGGAAUCAUUUCACAUCGAGAUCAGUAUUGUCCACAUAUAAAAAUCAUAUUUUCACUAUUAAUGACCAGAUCUCUGAGGCUUCUGAAUUGCUAAUUUGCACUAUUAAUAAAAACGAAUUAGCUAGAAAUAUUUCUAAUAGCAGUAAUUUUAGCUACGAAGAUUCAGAACGUGCGUUAUAUGGCAAGUUUUUUCAUUCAUGUGCUUCUCAUUUUGGUUUAUUUGUAACCAAUGCAAAUAAUAAGCUUACUUCAAAGGAAAUUAUUGAAGAUAAGGUAUGCAUAUCGAACUUUUUUGAGAAUGAAGAACCACGAUCAAUCUUUGGUAUUGACUCAGUUAAUCUUGUUUUACAUCAUGAUAACUUUUUGAGUGCGAGUGAUUUGUUGGCCUUACAUGUUGUCUAUAAAUUGGCAUUUAAUCUAUUAUCGGUUAAUAUUUUCAUAAAUACGUCCUCAUCACUGUCUUCUGGGUUUGAAGAAAAAAUCAGGUCCCUUUUUCUGCACAAUACAAAGGCGCAUUUGUCAAUUCACUAUACUAAAGAAAACAACAUAAAUGAGGACGUCUUGAGGGCAAGCACUCGUUCGAGCAAUGAGAUGUUUGUAGUUCCUAAUAAUUUGGCUAGGGAUGAAACAGAUGAAAUGUUUUCAGAUUCCGUUAAUCAAUUAAUUGAUCUAAGCGAAACUGAAGGGUUCGAUGUCUUGGUUGUUAAAGCUGUAUCUUUUUGA